AUGUCGGGAAAGCGUCUGCUUGACGCUAUCCAAUUCCUCAAUGUCACCACGGCGGUGGCGGCGAAGCAUCUGGCCGUGCGGCAACGGCAGCUAGAUGUGUUUACCAGAACCUCUUCCCUCACCAAGGGCAUUCAGAGCCAGACUGAGGGCUUGAUCCUUUCCGCUAAGGCUGCUGCAGCGCUUGCUCGACGAUUCAACGAACCCUAUCACCCUCCGACGUCCGCCGAUGUCCCUGUGACCUCUCAGACGCCGUCGGCCGCGAGGCCGGAAUACGCACGAUCACCGUCGUUAUCGCCAGAUGAAGCUAGGAAGGCGCAGCGGCAAGCAGAGUCUCAUAUUCCGGUCUCUGGGGCGACGUAUAGUGGCGGUGAGGUUCCGGAACAGCUGCGCGUCAGUCAACAGCAGGAUGUUUUCUACGAGCCUUCUCAGAGAAAGGCCCCAGAGCUGUCUGGGCUUCCCAGAGUGAAGUUGCCCAAGGCCGGUGGUAAAGAGCAGGUUGGGAUAGAUGGGGAGAUCAAUGCGGAUGUUUUUCAUUCCCCCAUGGGUGAUAAGGCGACUUCGAGUGUGAAGGGACAGUCUGAAAAGGAAGAAAUGGCAGAGCUUGGGUCCAGUCUCGCGGAGAAUUCUGCUGCCGCGAAACUUGCGGAAGGCAAGAAAGAACAAGCGUAUAGAAUGGUUGAAUCCCGCGUACCAUCGUCACGACUCAGUAGGAUAUGGCAAUACGGAGGGCUAGCAACGUCCAUGGCUUUUGGAGCUGUCGGAGAAACAUUCAGACGAGCCACGGGCAGUGGGGACAAUGCUGGGUCUGUUAUGUUCAGCGCUGGUAAUAUGGAGCGUCUUGUUGCGAAACUUUCCAAAAUGCGAGGAGCUGCGCUUAAACUCGGCCAGAUGAUGAGUUUCCAAGACUCGAAAAUGCUCCCGGAACCUAUUCACGCUGUCCUCCAGCGGGUUCAAGAUCGGGCUGACUACAUGCCUGCAUCCCAGCGCGACAAGGUCUUGGCUGACAAUUUGGGCCCUAACUGGCGCGAUCUCUACUCGAGCUUCGAUGACGUCCCCAUGGCUGCGGCAUCAAUAGGCCAAGUCCACGGUGCAGUCCUCAAGAAGACCAGCCAACCAGUCGCUGUGAAGGUGCAAUAUCCUGGAGUGGCAGAUUCAAUUGACUCUGAUCUGAACAACCUGUCCAUCCUCCUUACGGCAUCCCGCCUUCUCCCCAGGGGACUGUACCUGGACAAGACCAUCGCCAAUGCUCGGACCGAACUCGCCUGGGAAUGCGACUACAUCCGGGAAGCAGAAUGCGCUCACCGCUUCAGAGAACUCCUCCAGGACGACCCAGUCUUCAUGAUCCCAGAAAUCAUCCCCGAAGCAUCAGGAAAACACGUCUUAACCAUGGAACGCCUUAACGGCGUCCCCGUCACCAGAAUCACAACCUUCUCCCAAGAGCAACGCGACUGGAUCGGCACGCAGAUCAUGCGCCUGUGUCUCCGCGAAAUCACCGAAUUCAGAUACAUGCAAACAGACCCCAACUGGACCAACUUCCUCUACAACGCCGAAACAGCCCGCCUCGAACUCCUCGACUUUGGCGCCUCCCGCGAUUACCCCAUCGAAUUCUCCACAAAGUACAUUCGCACUCUCCUCGCAGCCUCCCGCGACGACCGCAAGAGCUGCCACGACCUCUCCAUCCAGCUGGGUUACUUGACCGGCCAUGAAUCACAGGCCAUGGUCGACGCGCAUAUCUCAUCUGUCUGCACCAUCGCGGAACCAUUCAUGGAUUCAUCUCCAGAUGUUUACGAUUUCAAUAACCAGACUAUUACUGACCGAGUGCGUGGGUUCAUCCCGAUUAUGCUUCGGGAGAGACUCUCGCCGCCGCCGGAGGAGACGUAUAGUUUGCAUCGGAAGUUGAGCGGGGCGUUCUUGCUAUGCGCAAGGCUGGGGAGUCGUGUGCCUUGUAAGGAGUUGUUUGCGAAUGCCAUUAAGAGGGCGAAUGAGACGGGGCUUGAUCUUCGGUUAAGGUAGUUUGACGGGGGUUCUUUUUGGUCGCUCCUAGAGAUGUACUAGUAUUUACGAUAGGAUAGAUAAAAUUCGGCUCUUGUAUAUUAUAACACUGUAUAAGUAUCGUGCAGCUUUCUAACGAUAUACACCAAGUGCUGGCUAGGCAGUUGAUAAACAUUCCUUAAAAGUACAUCACCAUCAGGAUGGCAUGGAUAGGGAUACCUGUAUACCGAUAACGGUUAUAAACAAGUCGUUUUAACUUUUCACAUGGCUUGCUCCAGCUUAGAACUGGCCGUUGGCCGUUAGAGUCAGUGUACUGAUGC